AUGCUACGACAUAUUAUACACUUCUGGAGAUCGAUAACGAAUCCAGCGGCAGGCACCGGAUGGGGGAACUCAGCAGAAUCUGAACUCGAGAAAGGCAAACGCAAGAACGGAACUGUUGAGACGAAACAGCCCGCUGUCAAACCCUUCAAGUUGCAGGAUCAGCUUCGGUCCAUUGGCGGAGAUGAUGUCGGACGAUUGGCCGUCCUGAGCUUCCGAACCUUGCAACUCUACCGGAUCGCGGCGCUUCAGAAGAAGCUCGUUGAGAUCCAAAUGGGCCUAGUGAAGGACGGGAAGGAGCCGCCACCUGAUACUGACACGAUAAUCCAGAACUAUGCGGAUGCAAUCCGAAAUUACGAGACCUUAACCCAGGAAGACAUCGCGUCUGGCAAGAUACAAAGUUACGACUUCCUUGGAGGAGAAGGGACAGAAGAUGACUUCCGGGUGGUGAAGCGGGAAAACUUGGGAUCUGGACGGAUGGGGAUCUGGCACCCUGCUAGUCUGACGGUGGAAGCUCGUCACAAGCAGUUGAACGAGAUCGGCCGUCUCGGAUUUCGCGAGCUGGAUAGAAAGAGACGGCUAGAGAGAGAUCGCAUGUCGAGGUAUGCUUUGCGGCUCCGCAUGGCCGUGUUUGGGGGUCUGGCUGUCAUUUCACCCAUGUUGAUUAUGGCUCUCGUGCCGGGGCUGGUGGUUAGCUUGGUCACGACGUCGGUAGCAACCGCAAUAUUCGGCGCCGUUAUGGUCAUCAUAGGCACGGAUUCCAGUGGGAAAGACGUUCUGGCGUCAACAGCCGCGUAUGCUGCUUUUCUAGUUGUGUUUAUCGGCACACACACUUAG